AUGAACGACAGGAAGGGACCUACCCAGGUCUCUUGCCUUGCCUUGGGCUUUGAGGACGUAUUCCUGGCGGUGGGCAAACUGCACCAGCACCAGUACCAGCAACGCCAGCACGUUGACCUCAUUCUGUCUUGCAUCCAUGCACCAGAUCUGCCCAUGCAUAGCACCACCAUCAGCAGCACCACCACUACAUUGAUUCGCCUCGACACCAACAGCUCCAGGGCGGCUUCUGCUUUCGUCUGUCUGGAGGCCUGUGAAGCCUUGUCGAUACAAGGUCGCACCACGAUAACCCAGGACUGCUACUAA